AUUCCUAAUUCCUUACACUCUUCUUCUCCGUCGAUAAAACUCUUGUCGCAUCUCUCUCUAACCUGUUCUGCUAAGGUCCUCGAAUCUGAUUGGCUGGCCCUUGUUUUAUUCUUUUUCUAUCUUAUUUUUCUCUCUCUGUCUCGCAAUCCUUAGAUUUAUUCUCACUCGCUCGCGUCCUCUGAUCGGUUCUCUGCGAGCUCCGGCUGCUUGUUCGCUUAUCGUUUUGUGUUUUCCGUUUGAGAAGACGAAAAAUGGAUGGAUCGAGCAGAGGAAAUAGUGGUGUGGAUAUGUUCCUGUCAAACUAUAAGCUAGGUAAGACUCUUGGAAUUGGUUCCUUCGGUAAGGUCAAGAUCGCUGAACAUGCAUUGACUGGGCACAAGGUUGCCAUAAAAAUACUGAACCGUCGCAAGAUAAAGAACAUGGAAAUGGAAGAGAAAGUGAGAAGAGAAAUUAAAAUCUUGAGGUUGUUUAUGCAUCCUCAUAUUAUACGACUUUACGAGGUUAUAGAAACUCCUUCUGACAUUUAUGUUGUGAUGGAGUAUGUGAAAUCUGGGGAACUUUUUGAUUAUAUUGUGGAGAAGGGUAGGCUUCAAGAAGAUGAGGCCCGGAACUUCUUCCAGCAGAUUAUUUCUGGCGUGGAAUACUGCCACAGGAAUAUGGUUGUUCAUAGGGAUCUUAAGCCUGAAAAUCUGCUCUUGGAUUCUAGAUGCAAUGUGAAGAUCGCUGAUUUUGGACUUAGUAAUAUAAUGCGAGAUGGCCAUUUUCUGAAGACAAGUUGCGGAAGUCCAAACUAUGCUGCCCCAGAGGUUAUUUCUGGGAAACUGUAUUCUGGGCCUGAAGUAGAUGUUUGGAGCUGUGGUGUCAUAUUGUAUGCUCUUCUUUGCGGUACCCUGCCCUUUGAUGAUGAAAACAUUCCAAACCUUUUUAAGAAAAUAAAGGGUGGGAUAUACACCCUUCCCAGCCAUUUAUCACCUGGUGCUAGAGAUCUGAUUCCAAGGAUGCUUGUGGUAGACCCAAUGAAGCGGAUCACAAUUCCUGAUAUACGUCAACAUCCUUGGUUCCAAGCUCGUCUUCCUCGCUAUUUAGCAGUUCCCCCACCGGAUACAAUGCAACAAGCAAGAAAUAUUGAUGAAGAUAUUCUUCUGGAAGUGGUGCAGAUGGGAUUUGACAGGGCCCAACUAAUCGAGUCUCUUCGCAACAGAAUGCAAAAUGAGGCUACUGUUGCAUAUUAUCUUCUGUUGGACAAUCGCUUCCGUGUUUCAAAUGGCUAUCUUGGAGCUGAGUUCCAAGAAACGCUGGAAAGUGUUUGCAACCGUUUGUAUCCAAAUGAAACUCCUGCUUCACCCGGGGGUCACCGACUUCCAGGGUACAUGGAUUAUCAAGGGCUAAGUUUAAGACCGCAGUUCCCAGCGGAGAGGAAGUGGGCUCUUGGACUCCAGUCUCGGGCCCACCCUCGUGAAAUAAUGACUGAAGUUUUGAAAGCUUUGCAAGAACUGAAUGUUUGUUGGAAGAAAAUUGGGCAGUACAACAUGAAAUGCAGGUGGAUUCCUGGUGUUUCGGGUCUCCAUGAAGGCAUGGUUAAUGAUUCUGUACACAGCAGUCAUUACUUUGGUGAUGAAUCUGCCAUCAUUGAGAACAACGGUGUUACCAAGUCACCAAAUGUGGUGAAGUUUGAAGUGCAGCUUUACAAAACUCGUGAGGAGAAGUAUCUGCUUGAUCUACAGAGGGUGCAGGGACCGCAAUUUCUCUUCUUGGAUCUUUGUGCAGCUUUCCUUUCGCAGCUUCGGGUCCUUUAGAAGGUGACCUUUUGUUGUGAAUAAAUGAAUGGUGUAGAUAACUUGGCUAUCAGUUUGGGUCCUUGUUGUGACCCUUUUAUUGCUCCCGCUCCCCCCUAGUUUUAUAUGGGUUAAUUGCGUGAUUGGGGUUUCUAGCCAACACUCAAGACCCAAGUUGGCCUCUAUCAACUGCUGUAGACUCUCUUUUUUAUGCCCUCUGCAUCUCUCUGAACUAGGAUUUUCCUGAAUGUUAUGAAUCGAAAGGGGAUUUUUAUAAGUUGAAAUGUUUGGUUGAAUUUUCAAAAA